CGAGAUGGCGCUAAGUGCUCGAGGCUGGCGUGCUCAGUUGCUGAAGGACGUGGAUCUGCACUUACUUCGGGCUGUGGCAGAAAUUGCGGGCUGUCUUGAAUCAACUGAGGGGCUGAAUUCGGGUGAAGCGGUUGGAAUCGACUUGACGCAAGCUCUGAGAGAGUUGGAGACGGCAGCGGGGAGAGUUCAAGCGGCGCAGAGGCGACUGUCGUCCCUGGUCGCAGCUACUAUCGCCCAGGCGGAAAGUUUGUCUGGUGUUGAGGGAGCAAAUUCCCUGCACGGUAUCAAUUCGCCUUGGUUCGUGUCAACGGGUCAAGGCAGUUUGGUGCUCAUGAGCGAUAUCGAGCGGUAUCUGCUGAUGAUGAGCGAAGCUGUGCGUCGAUAUCGCCGGGCGAU